AUGGCAAUGAAUGAGGAGGAAGUGAUGACACAGAUCAAGCCAAAGGUCCGUUACCUCCAAAAACCAGGAUUGAAGCAUAUUGAUGUAAUUCUUGAGAACUGGAAAUGGGUAUUCUUGCUAUGCCAAGAUCAUGAAGAAGAAGGAGGGCCAGGAUUGGCAAUAGAGUUGAUCAAAGCCAGCCUAGAAAUCUUUGUUGCCAGCCUAUACACAGUUGACUACCUGCCUAAACCCAUCAUUUUCACCUUUCUCGACCACCUUAAAUAUUUGACUCCUAUCCAAAUCUAUCUCAAAUUCAUUGUCCGCUCCUUGCAUCUCCAGGACUCUAGCUUUCAUGAGAAAUUGAUCCAGAUCUAUCUACUCAAGACUACAUUCACCUUGUCCAAACGGGCUAAAGGUCGUGCCCAAGUGCAGUUGAACACCCUCCAUCAAGGAAUUUACUACCAUAUCAAUUCCUCUUCCAAUAACAUACCUUACUCAUAUGGAAAUUGA